AAAAAGAGGAGAGAAGUUCUGGAGAAAGGAUUAGGACACGAGAGCCUCAACCAGGAGAGAGAGAGAGAGAGGGUGGUGGAGGUGGAAGGAGCUGGAUCGGGGGGCAUCGCUGCGUCGGGCUGUGCAGAUCGGAGGAGGUCAUGAACAACUAAUCUCCGUUCAUUAUUAUGGACUUGCACCAGUUAUUCAAGUACAGAUUGAGUGGUGCUAACAUUGUGUACGAAAUUCCUACAGAGAACAACUUGCAAAACUCGCCGUGGCAAGCUAACCCACUGAAGUACGAGUUCAGCGAUUCCCCAUACACCCCUCUCUCUUCCCAGUUUGAGUGUGACAAUUUGUCUGCUCUUACCAACACUCCAGAUAACCAGAGCUCUACAGAGACCAUUUCAGCCCAACCAAUCUCCCCAUUGGAAGCAGACAGCUCAUACAGACAGGCAGGUAUCCUUCUCCGGGAGAACAUUCAAGUGGGAGCUGAUCCAUUGUAUUGUACAUCGAGACAUAACAUGCAACACGCCUUACGGGAGAUUGAGACUGUUCUGAUGGCACCUGACACAGAUGAUGCAACAACUAGCACCAAGCAUGAGUUUGAGGAAAUCAAGCCUGCUCAGCUUGUAAGGCAGCGGUCAAGAACAUGGAGUCAUGAAUCACGGCAUCCAUUACCUGGAGUUGGUCGGCCACAAUUUUCAUCUGGUGGAUACCCCACUGCAAGCUAUGAAUUUCGUCCAGAGAAACGUCAAAGGGAGUUAAGGGAGGACCCUCAGAUAAUUGUCAAGCAGCUAUUGACCAGGUGCGCUGAGGCUUUGAGUGAGGACAGGACAGAUGAGUUCCAUAAGCUUGUUCAGGAGGCUCGUGGAGUGGUUUCAAUCACUGGGGAACCAAUCCAACGUCUAGGUGCUUACCUACUUGAGGGUUUGGUUGCUAGACAUGGAAACUCUGGUACAAACAUCUACCGUGCUCUGAAGUGCCGUGAGCCAGAUAGCAAGGAGCUUCUCUCCUACAUGAAAAUUUUAUACAAUAUCUGUCCUUACUUCAAGUUUGGUUAUAUGGCAGCCAAUGGGGCGAUUGCAGAAGCAUUGAGAACUGAGAACAACAUCCACAUAAUUGAUUUCCAGAUUGCUCAAGGGACUCAAUGGAUCACACUGAUACAAGCAUUAGCUGCAAGGCCUGGUGGUCCUCCUCAUGUGCGGAUAACAGGAAUAGAUGACCCAGUUUCAGAGUAUGCCCGUGGUGCAGGUCUUGAUAUUGUGGGGAAAUUGUUGAAAAGCAUGUCUGAAGAAUUCAAUAUACCACUGGAGUUUACACCUCUACCUGUCACCGCCACUCAAGUUACCAAGGAGAUGCUUGAUAUUAGACCAGGUGAAGCACUGGCCGUCAACUUCACCCUCCAGCUACACCACACCCCAGACGAGAGCGUGGAUGUCAACAACCCACGCGAUGGGUUGCUCCGGAUGGUGAAAGGGCUGUCCCCGAAGGUGACUACACUGGUGGAGCAGGAAUCGCACACCAACACAACGCCUUUCCUGAUGAGGUUUGGCGAGACCAUGGACUACUACUCUGCCAUGUUCGAGUCGAUUGACGCCAACUUACCGCGGGACAACAAGGAGAGGAUAAGCGUGGAGCAGCACUGCCUCGCCAAGGACAUCGUCAACAUCGUCGCCUGCGAGGGGAAGGACAGGGUGGAGAGGCAUGAGCUGCUCGGCAAGUGGAAAUCAAGGCUCACCAUGGCUGGCUUCAGGCCUUACCCGUUGAGCUCCUACGUCAACUCGGUGAUAAGGAAGCUGCUCGCCUGCUACUCCGACAAAUACACAUUGGAGGAGAAGGACGGCGCGAUGCUUCUCGGCUGGAAGAACAGGAAGCUGAUAUCUGCUUCUGCGUGGCAUUGACAGUAGCAUGCUGAUGAGAAAGAAAAUAUAGAGCUCAUAUACAUACCAAUUCCCUGGUCCCAUUUCCAGAAAAACAAAAUCCCCUUCGAUGUACAUGUACAUGAUGCUGUACCCUCAAUUUGAUUGACAAGUGAGUGUUGCCCUUCAUUUAGACCAGGAUAAAAACAUUGACAUUAGAUUUGUAGAGAAGUUGUAUGAUAAUAAUUUUCUUUCAGAUUCCAUGUAUCAAUGGAUGCCAUAGUUGAUUA